AUGCGAUACCGAUUACUGGCACAGCCAGUGCAUAAAAGUGCAAGAUCGCAAUGCAGUGACAAACAUUUGCACAAAUAUGAGUGAACGAACUUCGUUGACCAGCUGCAGCCGUAAGAACAAUAAGAGAAAUGUCCAGAGCAACGCCAGUACAAUCAUCGGCUGUGCCGCCCGUUUGGAGCUGUGACACGCACAGGCGCAGUCAUAAUCAACAGCGCGAGCUUAAACAACAACAACUGCAACUUUUCACACUCCAGACGGAACUGCGUCGCGCCACCAAUCAUUGGUUUCAGGCCAAGACCGAUGAACGCUUCCAGUUGCUGGUGCAGACAUGCGUUCAAAUCCUGCAGCACGGCUUGCGGCAGCCAACGGCUAUCGGAACGCUGCGCCUAGUUGAAGACUUUGAAUUUCUACGUCUCAGCGAGCAUCCGCCACAGCAGCAGCAGCAGCAGCAGCCGGCAAAGGCAACAACUUCAGCUAAUUCCUCACCUGCACCAGGACCCACAGGGAAUGUGGCAUUUAAUGUCAGCGAGUUCCUAACCCAUUGGGCCGCCAGCUGUCUGCGCUCGCGCUGCUUGUCGCGCUGCGUGCAGAUGCUGGUGGCGGACAAAGAGCUGCUGGACAGCUACUAUCAGCGGGAGGUGGCCUUUCUGCGGGAUGGCGCAUGUGCGGCGGCGCUGUUCGCCUGUCUGACGGCCGUUGAGCUGGACCAGAGCAGCUUGCUCAGCCAGCUGGAGCCGCUUGUGGGCAGACGUCGCCAUCGGCGCACCAGCUCGCAGCCCAAUUUCAGUUUUUCGCACCGACUGCACGUGGUGCAGGAGGAGGAGCAGCAUCAACUGCAAGUGCAACAGCAGGAGCAGCAGCAGAAAUCGCUGCAACAGCAACAAGUGCUGCAUCCAAAUCCGGUAGCUACGCAACUGAUGCGACGCUUCAAGAGUUUGCCCUGCCUCUAUCACAGCGACAGCAGUUUGGAUCGAGUGUCGAAUGCAGAGAGUGGACUCUCGCCGGCAGCUCCUGCCGCACGUCCGCGUUGUCAGACCUACAACAACAGCCCGAAUGUGGCACUGAGCGGCUGCAGCCUCAGCACGGCCAGCAGCAGCCAAGUGGCAUCGCCAGUGCCGCGCCGCAUACAGCUGAUCAACUGCGAUGACAUCAAGAUCUGGACAGAUCAGACGAGCAGCGUCACUCCCGCCACUGGCCACAGCCAAUCAUCACCCGCUCCAGUGCCCGCCACGAAGCGGGGCAGCUUUCUGGGUAAUCUGUUCGGAUCGCCGCCGGUGUACACCAGCUGGUACAAUAAGAGUCGCGGUGAGAGCGACGAGGCGGGCAGCGGGAGUGGCUUAAACGGCUUGACUGGCUUGAAUGGCUUCCUGGCCAUCAACGGACGCAAGCUGGACAAACGGCAGCAGCAGUCGCUCUUCGAGGGCGUCAGCAUGCUGGACUACAACAAUUGUCAGGCGGCGACGAGCAGGACAGCGACGGAGCCCUUGGACAUAGUGGGCGGUGUGGUGGGUCAGCAGCAGCAGCAACAGCACAGCGCCAGCUGCAGCACCACCUCCUGCAGCCUGAGCAGCGAGAGCCAGUACAGCAACAGCAAUAAAAUGGACAAUCAGAGUCUGGCCGCCUUCCUGCAAAUGUCGCGCAAUGCGCGCAACAACACGGAGCUGGAGAAGGAGAACGCCCACUUUCGCAUCUCGGAGGCGUGCAUUGCGGCCAUCGAGCACGUGAAGUGGAGUCGCCGGGGACAGCCGCCGGAGUGUGCCGGCAGCAGCAGCAGCAGCAGUGGCCUGGCCACAGAAGGGGAUGCCCUGCUGCUGCCCUUUAUGGAGCAGCAGACCACAAAUGGUCAUGGGCAGGAGGAGAGCAUCAACAGACACAGCAUCAGCAACCAUGACAACAAUAGCGCCGAGGCAGUCGGUCUACAGCUAAUCUCGCGCUUCAAUGACAAACAGCUGCCCAAGCUGGCGGACUUGAAGUGGCUCGUCUCGGAGCAGGAUGCGCCGCAGCAGCUGCUGCCCCUGCCGAAGCUAACGCCAGAACUGCAGCAGCAGCAGCUGGAAACGCUGGGCGAGACGAGUCUGACGCGCGGCACCAAGACCUGGGCGCCGCCACGCCAACAAAUCAUCUUCACCGAGCAUCCGCCGGCAAGUCGCUCGCAGCUGCUCAGCCGGCAGCAUUACCGCUGCGCCGGCUGCGGCAUGCAGGUGACGCGGCAAUAUCAGCAAUAUUUCCGCUACUGCAAUUACCUGGGCAAGUACCUGUGCACCGGCUGCCAUCGCAACCAGCUGUCGGCCAUCCCGGCCAAGAUACUGCAGUCGUGGGACUUUCGCUGCUAUGCGGUCAGCUCGUUCGCCUAUCGCCUCAUCGAACAGAUGUACACGUUCCCGCUGUUCCAUGUGCCCGAUCUGAAUGCCCAGCUGUAUGUGAAGCAGAAGCAGUUGGCCAAGGCGCGACGGCGUCGGCUCCAGCUGAAAUAUGUCCAUAACUUCAUUAGCACCUGCCGCUUUGCCACCAAGGAGCAGGCGCUGUUCGAUGCGGUACCGGCGCACAUCACCAACGAUCCGGACAUGUGGUCCAUGUGUGACUUUGUCGAUGUGCAAAACAGCAGUUUGUGCCGCUCCAUCGAGGAUCUGAUUGAACUGAACGAGCAACAUGUCUACAGCUGUGUGCUCUGCACGGGUCGCGCGUUCGUCUGCGAGCUGUGCAAGAGUCGCGAGCUGAUCUAUCCUUGGCAGCGGAAGGUGCAUCGUUGUGGGCAGUGCGGCGCCUGCGUUCAUACCAACUGCUGGAAGCUGAAAUCGACUGGUGGCUGUUUGCGCUGUGACCGGCUGCAUGGACGACAACAACAACAAAAACAACAGCUGCAGAAGCAGCAGGAGUAGAGCAUGGCCAAAUUAUUAUUACUUUUUUUUUUUGUAUAUGUAUAGUGUAUAUAAACGUGUAAAUUUUGGAUUCUAUUAGCAAAUGUACCUCAAGUGAAUGA